GCGCGGCCCGGGGCGCCAUGGCGGGGGUGCUGCUGUGCGAGCCCGGGCGGCUCUACAACGCCCUCCAGCAGCACCGCCGCCUGCCCAGGCUGGCCGAGCCCAACUACCUCAGCCUGCUGGAUGCCCGUACUCAGCGCGAGUACAACGAGAGCCACAUUAUUACAGCACGCAAGAUUGAACAGAGUCCUACAGGGGAGUACCUGGUGCCGGAUUCAGAGGAGCUUGCGUGUGUCAGAUACUGCGUGGUGUAUGACUGCGAGACCAGCUCUUUAGACUUAUCUGACGACGAGGAAGAGGAGAAAGAAAAAGGGAGCAAUGGUUCUUCAGAGACUGAAAACACUGACUCAGGUUCCUUAUGUUCACAGAAUGCCGAGGAAGGAACUGCCGUCCGACACGCCAGAAGCUUACAGCAGUUCACCCGCAAUCCCGUGCUCGUCCUGAGGGGAGGAUACAAGCGGUUUUCAGCUUGCUAUCAUUUUCUGAGGACUCAGAAGAUACUGUGGACGCCUCAGGAGCUAGACAACUUCCAGCUGUACCCUGUAGAAAUACUGCCUGCAAAGUUAUACAUGGGCAAUUUCAAGCAGGCCUGUGACCAACAGAUUCAGAAAGAUUUGAAGAUCAAAGCACAAGUCAAUAUUUCUGAGCAGCCUGCAGCACUGUUUGCAGAAGAAGGCAAAUAUCUCCAUAUAUCUGUUCCUGAUUCACUCGAAGCAAAUCUUUUUUCUUCCUUUCCCACCAUUUGUCAUUUCAUAGAUGCCCAGCUGGAUCUCGGAGCAGUGCUGGUGUUCUCUAGCCUGGGGAUAAGCCGGAGCAGCACAGUAACCAUGGCCUAUCUUAUGCAUUCCCACCAGUUUUCCCUGAAGAAAGCUUGGGACCACGUUCUGAAAUGCAAAGAGAACAUGAGACCGCACCGGGGCUUUGUGAAACAGCUUUCAGACUGGGAGGCCCGAAUCUAUGGGACCACGAUCACAGACAUCUCUGAACCAAACUAUUGACAGGUAGCCCAGGGAACACCCAGCAGGGGAAGACGCUUCCCUGUCCACACCACCAUCUGUUCUGUAGGUAGAAGGUUAACGGAAAUCAGUUGAAAAAGCCCUUAACAUAAUGGAAUUCCUUCAUCUUUAGCUCUUAUUAUACUGGGUGAAGUUUUGGAGCCAUUAGGGGAGCUGGCCUGCAUUGCUGAAGGUGGUGGUUUGGGGAAGGCGAGGCCUGCAGGAUGCGGCCCGUUCAGCACUGCUUGUCUCCUUUGUAAGCCAGGGGGUUUAUGACCACGUUAUCGGGCCUGCUUCCUGCCCCAGCUACGGGGAAGUCAUUAACAUUCUCUCUGAAAAGGCAAAUUUGGGGUUUCACUGCACCUGGUUCCAGCUCAGGGAGACGAAGGCAGAAUCUCCCCGUUUCAGGAGCUCCCCCGUUCCGUAAGUGUCUUUGCAGACCCUGGCAGGCAGCAGACCCAGACCCGCUGGUUGGGCUGGCCGGCAGGACCCCGCUUCCCGCUCACCCCCCCUAACCCAGCGACCCGACUUUGCCUGGCAGCCAGUUCCGAGGCCCCGGUGCCGUUACGGGACCACGACAGCCGUGCUGCCCCUCUGUCCCGCAGCGCUACGACUCCUUCCAUGGACGCCACGAAAUAAAAACCCACAGAAAAACCCUC